UCCAUCAAAGAUGGCCGACAUGAGCUUGUUCUGUAGACCUCGACAAUUCUUUGAUUGAUGGGCUUCGUGCUCCAAUGAGUACCACAAUGGACUUACGUAUUUCCGCUGAUGCUGACAUAAAGCGACUACGGGAGAUGGUACARAAGCUAGAGGAGAAAAAUGCCGCUAUAAAAACCCCGGAGAGUCCCCGACUWGGUAGCGAACAGUCGUCUAGUUCGAGCCCUGUAUCCAAAUAUAAGAGCGAAAAAAUGAGCUCUAGUCCUGUUCUAGAGAGAGUUGCUGUGAGAUUACACUUAGAUGAUGUUCCUUUAAUGAAUUUGAGUGAUGCUGACUCCGAAGARGAAGAUUCAUGGUUGUAUACAUCUUCAGUCCAUCCUCCAACACCAGCUCAAAAGUCUCUGUCCCCGUACAAAUACCUAAAACAGAGUAUAGACCAUCAGAAUGAUUUGAAUAAAGUUAGAGGSUCUUUAAUGGCCAAACUUGAAUCAAUAGCUGCCCAAGAAGAAUCAUUAGCCAGACAUGAUGCUCCACCAAAAGAAACUAGCACAUCAAACUUGAAUAGGACUUAUGAUGUUCAUGAAAGAUCAAGUAAUCAUUAUGAUGAUGAUUUAGAACCACUAGAAAUAAGUGGUAGUGAUACAUAUCCUAUAAGAAGAAGAGGAACACCAUCUAGACCACCACAAACUAAAUUGUACAGACCAUGGGAGAAUCUGUCUCUUGGUGAUGAUGAUGAUGACGAUGAUGACCAAUCAAUGGAAGCUCCAAUAGUUCGAAGAGGGACAUUUACAAAGCCUGUUGCACGUAGAGGCCAAUCCCCAAGAUCACAAGAUGACGUUGAUGCAGGUGUAGUGAGGCCAAGAGGAAGGAGUGCAAUAGAGACAMCUGGAAGUGAUGAUGAAGAUUUUGAUAGUGCUCCAAUUGUAAGACGACGAGGACCCAAAGCAGCAGUAACUCCUCCUGUUAUGACCAGUGAUGAUAUUCCUGUAGUCACUAAAGUCAGACCAAGAGGACAAGCAACACAGAGUCUUGCUGUUACUGUUCCUAGUGAUGAUGAUGAAGAUGUUGAAUUAGAUGCUCCUGUGGUUCGAAGAAGAGGRGCGGGGCCAUCUGGGCCUGUAGCAAGAAGUAGUAUAGGAUCACCACAACUCGCAUGGCAGGGUGAUAAUGAUGAUGAAAACAUGGGUCCAGUGCGCCCACGAAGGCGUGGAACCCCUAAAAACGACGAUGACGAUGCUGACUUUGAUGUUCCGGUUGUUAGAAGACGUGGGCCUCCUUCUCCAAGACCGGCAGACGAUAGCUUAGUCGUGACGACAGUUCGUCGACGUGGAGCGCAGCAAGACGGACAUAUCCGACCGAGAGGAUCUGGGUUACCUUCACCUUCACAAGGAGGAAUUCCAACUCCAGGUAAAAAAUCCACGCCGGCAUCACGACUAAGAAUGUCUCUCGACACUGAAGUUAAAAGACGAAGUUUACCGCAAGUUCCAUCAGAUAGCAUGAUGGUACAUCCACGUAUCUCGGGUUCCAGUACUCCACCAAGAGUGCGUUCWUCAUCACCUGCCGGGGGCGUGGUUCCACGUGGUAGCAAAUUAGYAGCGCCAAGACGAAUCCCAACGCCUCGAGCCGCUAGCUCUUACUAUGCUCCAGAAAGCGACCAAAAUUGGCAAGAAGGCUGUUAUUAAACCAUAGCUUUGCAGUCAAAUCCUGCAGGAACAGGAACCCCAUCAGCCUUGAAUCAGAGACUGUCGGGUACCGUAUAAGGCCGUGCAUGAUUGGCUAACAUCGGAUAACUAUGGUCAAUCAGGUUAUUGUACUAGUAAAGAAUCGGAAAUACAUAAGKGGAUUUAAACGUGUACUUACUGCACUAUGCUCGGGAUCAUUCAAAGCAAAUUCACAAAAAAAUGUGGUUGUUCGUUUAAAACCUCUUAUGAAUUUCUGACUGAAUUAAACGUAGCACCUGGUAGCUCGUUAGUGCGUUUGUUAGGGAACGUAAACGUUGUUUUCACAUUUCAAAACAGCACCAUGCAUGUGCGUAUCUUACGUAUAUUUAACAUUACGUCUGGCCAUAGUCUGGCAGCUUGUUAGUGCGGUAUUAUGCAACGUAAAUGUUGUGUUUUCACAUUCAAGAAUAGCACCAUGCAUGUGUGAAGCUUACCUUUAUUCAAGUUAGAACCAUUUUACAAUGUUUUACCAUGCAUUUUAGCAUUAGAUCGAGUCUAAGUUUAAAUUCCCCUAUGUCAUUUUAUUGUGUUUUUUUUUUUCAUCUUGGUGCCCAUAAUCCAUUGCGUUUACUUGUAUAAUGUCUUGAUGUGACGUCAUAGUGAAAGAGGACGAUUCUUUUUGAGUUCUUAUCUGUGAUUUGGUUAAUGAUCUCUUGACCAGAAAAAGUAAAGAUCAAGGGAAACAAGGAAAAGACUUAUAACAAAUAUGUGUUCCACUAUAAGCUUGUCCUCGUUCUUUUCCUGAUCCCCACUCUUUUACGAGAGCCUUGAUGGCCGAUAUUUGUGAAACUCUGAUUUAUUAAAGAUUUUAUCAGUGUUUUUAUUAUUUAAAAGUCAUUUUUAUUAUCAUUUGUUUGCAAACCUGUAAAAAAGUGCCUUCUGCGCGACAAUUAUUAGGAUUUUAACCUUCCACCAGUAGUUUAUAAUUGGACGAUGAUAGUUCCUAAAAAUAGUCCAAAGACAGAUUAUAGUGGAAACACUAACUCAAUACUCCAGUUUCAAGUUCUCUUUUGUGCAAGCUUAGUUUCUUGAUCAAGCAUAAAUUGUUAUUGUCUUCUUUGUGCACAGAAUGUUUGCAUUACAUUAAAUUCUCUGCUGAAUAAAAAAAUAUAUUACAUGCUUUCGASGUUAAGGCUGCACAAAUAAGAUCUCGAAACUGCAGUAUUGGUAAAUAAUAUAUUUUCUGACGUAAAGCAUGUGAUGUCCAGAUUAUCAUUCUCUUCCCCAGACCCUAUUUCUAGUUUUCACGGACGUGGCUAAGUUGGGAUAGGGUCUGGAGACGAGAUUARCUCUUAAUUUACAGUUUGGGCAUGCUCGUACUAAACUGUAACUUAUUUCUAAAGACCCGUUUACACUUGCGAUUUUUUAAGCGCGAUUGUAGCGACUAUCGCCUGAGUUUCGAACAUACUUGAAAUUUAGCUGCAACUCGCGGCGAUUUUCGAUCGCCGCGACAAUCGCAGGACUGUACGAUUUGAGACUUGUCGCGCGACAUUUGCGCUGCAAAAAUCACAAGUGUAAACGGGSCUUAAGAUUUAGUUCACACGGCGUUUUUCAAAUAUAUUCAUGGACAGCGUAUCGCACUCUGUGGAAUACAGUGCAUUGAGACAAUACAGUAAAGCUUCAAUCGACUUAAAUGUGCUUUUUCAAAUAAAAAUAUAUAAGUACGCCGUUUGAACUUUUAUCGUUGAUUUUAAUCGCGGUUACCAAAUCACCGACAAUUUUUCGUUUUUUUAGAAGUUAGCAAUUUUAAAAUUCUAGGAUAUUAUGCUAGCAAUGAUGCUGCAAUCAGUAUAUAGCGCAUUUUUCACAAUGUCAUAACCACGGAUUGAACUUAUUUAUAAUGCGCUUGCUCACCUUAAUUUUGCAAUAAUAAUAAGAGAAUGAAGAAUGCUUGAUGGGAGACAAUCGAUAGUCAUUGGUUGGUUUCUUGUGCUUUGAUCACAUUCGUGGCCUUCCUAAAGUUACAGUACGCAUAGUAUUAUUCGAUACAAACUUUUGUUCAUCGUGCCAAAUUGGGGUGUUGUUUGUAGUACUAAAGCAAGACCACAAUGCACCAUGAUUUUAAAUUUUAGAGAAAAAAAAGCAUUCUCUUUAUUCUCUCAACAACUUUUUGCAAAUAGAAAAUGUCGAACGCUGACCGAUAAUUAGGUGUUUUUGCUGCCGUCAAUCAUAGCUUCGAACUUCAUCGAACUACUUAUGAAGCUAAAAAUUGAAUGGAGUGUGAAGUUCUGUUCGGUUUGACUGGCGGGAAAUAUGAUCACGCUAAAAGACCCUCGCAAACUUGGAUAAUGAGGAGCUUUGAAAAAUCUCGCCAUCUCAUUUCUUAUUAGUAAUAUUUUCAUUAGUGCAAAGUAUCGUUAGUAAAAGUUUUCAGAUAAAGUGGGUAAACUGCGCUUUGCCGUAGCCUGCAUUACAUCCAGAAUUUUAUCGAACAAUUCCGAUAAAUAUAUAUUCUGGUUGAAACGCGGACUACGUUGAUCGUUAGUAUUUAUUAUAAACAGGAAAUUUGUCCAGAUAUUAGGACCAAAAUAAYAAAGCUGUAAAUAGAAAGAAAUGAAAAUAAAUACAUGUUAAAGUC